AUGGGUCUGCAAAUUCACUGGCGUGCCCCACUCCAACCCAAAGGCUUUCUAAAGAUCGUAGAAUUCGUAAGAAACGUCCUUGCUCACUUUGUAGCCAUCAUCACCUUCUCCCUUGUGGCCGGUUUCAUGGUGUCCACGGCAGUCGAUUUCGAAUGUGGCAAUAAUGACUUAAACUUCACUUUCACCCUGACUGCAGAUUAUCCAUUUCGCCACAUUCAGCAGUCACGCCAGAGUACACGAUCCAAUGAGACUGAGCACUCCACAAAGACAUUCCCAGAUGGCGGGGUACCCCGAAGUGCUGAGUUCUUUGUCGGUUGGGGUGUCCUUACCCUCUUCUACUGCAUCAUAGCGUUGUUGGUGUACAUGUUUGUGACGGCAAACGAGCGCUUUGAGCGAACCUUUGAUAUUGCAGUGGUGCUGGACAUCAUACUACACGUGGUGUGGAUAUUGUGCUGGUUCAUAGCGUCUGUGGACUGGGCCGUCGCGUUCUACAGAAUAGACGACGUCCUCCACAAUUACAUGAACAGCCUCGAGAGUUCCGAAUGCGGAGGACAGAAUGAGAGCGAAAUCAUCCAGGUUUUCGAGAAUGACCGAGAGUACGUUCAGGCACAGAUUGCAGUGGUAAGGUGUUUGGAUUCCUGAUGCAGUUGCUUUUUGCAGUCAAUAUUUGGUGGCUUAUAAUCGACACCAGCUGGUACAUCAAUUGGAAGGCAAGGCGUGGUCAUAGUCGUUUUUGACACUAACUAUGUGAUUUAUCCACUGUGAUUGUGUGAUAACAACUAGCGUUUUGUAAUAACUUUAGCCCCAUCAACAAAUUUGGUUGUGUAAAAUAUCGGAGAGAAGGACAGUUCACUCUGUAAUUCUGUAUGAUAUAAUAUGUUAACAACUUUCCUACAAAAACAAAACACGAUAAUGAGGCUGGAUAUAUAGAGUAAUGUUUUUUGUGUAUGUCAUGUAAAUGGCUAAGCUAUAGUUUUCUGAAAGUCUUUUGAUGCUUUUACUCGGUUGGUAUUAGAUCUUCUAUGCCUUUCCCUUCCUCGAGUGCUUUCUCCAUCUCAAUCAUCAGCUUGACACCGUCGAUAACUUUCUGCACCAGCUCCACCUCUGAGAAGCCGAGUCGGUCAGAGUUGGAGAUGUCAAAGGUGCCGUCGGUGGAUUCAGUGUCCACACCUCCCGUACCUCGUUUCUGUAGACAUAAGCUCUUCAGGAUGGCACCAAACUUGCCGUGUUUGCUGAGAAGUGGGAUCUUGAGGUGCACCCCUGCGCGGAGCCCUGUGCCGAGGUUUGAGGGGCAGGUGAGGAUGAAGCCGAGGUGCUCGUUCCACAUGAACUCCCUCUCUUCCUUCUUGAUGGCCACCUCGAACUUGGCCAAUCCGUCACAGAAUCGAGUGAAGACCUCUCGCAUGUUUCCCCCCUUCUGCAUGGAGAUAACUCGAGUGUGGUCCUCUUCGUUGACCCAGACCAGGAAGUUCUUGUCCUGAUUGUGCCAGAUCCCGCGGGCGUCAGGCCAGUCUCGAGCCAUGCGAGAGGCAAGCAGGAGAGGAGAGACGGGCUUGUCGAAGAGGAAGUGGUCGUCUAUCAACUGCUGCUGCUCUACCUCGGUCAUUCCGUUGAGAGGGUAGUACUUCCCCUGGAACCCUCCGUCAAAGCUGCCCAGAGCAGUGGUUGUGACCCUCUCAACUUCUCUUCUUUCGGCUCUCGUGCAGGACGGAGGCAAGCUAAGCCCUCGGAUGCUUUUUCCCGUACGAACUCGAGACGAAAGUACGUACUUUGGAUCGAGGUCUUCGCCGCCUUUCAAGUGACUUGGGUCCAAGUCGGUUUUGUGUUUGUCGUUUCUCUUGUACCCUCCGUGACGAGCGUCGAUGACAGGGUCGAAGAGCUCAGCGAAAGUGUCGUAGGAUUCCUCGUCUCCGGCUACCAUACCCACUGUCAUGAUGAAGGGGUGUCCGGGGUUGUCCACCCCUGUCUGGAUGGCCUUGUUGAGAGUGAAUCCAUUCGGAGUGCUCAGGGGAGCCAGCUUGGCAAAGAUUUGUGGCGUGAGGCACCUAGCCAUGUGGUUGUUGUGCUUGGAGAGAUCAGGGUAAUCUUCCAGCACUGCAACUGAGGUUUGCACUUUUGGCGGAAGCAAGGGAAAGAUAAUGGCGUUUAGUUCAAGGCACUUUUCGAUUGCGAUCAGUUUCUCCACGCCAUCGACCACCUUCUGAACUAGCUCGACCUCCGAGAAACCCAAUCGGUCUGAGUUGGAGAUGUCGAAGAUGCCGUCAACAGGUGCGGUGUCGACUCCCCCAACUCCCCUCGUUUGGAGGGAGAGCUCCUGUAUGAUUGCUUUGAAGAAUGGGAGCUUGCUAGCAAGUGGGAUCUUGAGGUGCACCCCUGCGCGGAGCCCUGUGCCGAGGUUUGAGGGGCAGGUGAGGAUGAAGCCGAGGUGCUCGUUCCACAUGAACUCCCUCUCUUCCUUCUUGAUGGCCCCCUCGAACUUGGCCAAGCCGUUGCAGAAUCUAGUGAAGACCUCUCGCAUGUUUCCCCCCUUCUGCAUGGAGAUGACUCGAGUGUGGUCCUCUUCGUUGACCCAGACCAGGAAGUUCUUGUCCUGAUUGUGCCAGAUCCCGCGGGCGUCAGGCCAGUCUCGAGCCAUGCAAGAGGCAAGCAGGAGAGGAGAGACGGGCUUGUCGAAGAGGAAGUGGUCGUCUAUCAGCUGUUGUUGCUCUUCCUCGCUCAUUCCACCAAGGGGAUAGUACUUUCCUUGGAACUCACCCUCGAAUGAUUCCAAGGCAUGAGUGACGAUAUCUCUAAUGCAUCUCCUCUCUGCUCGGGAGCAGAAUGGUGGAAGGCAGAACCCACGAAUGCUUCUCCCAGUUCGGACUCGUGAAGAGAGGACAUACUUGGGAUCCAAGUUGUCACCACCUACCAGUUUUUCAGCUGAGAGGUCGGUCUUGUGCGAGUCGGUCUUCUUGAACCCCUUGUGACGAGACUCGAUGACAGGGUCAAAAAGGUCCGAGAAUGUUUCGUACGACUCUUCAUCUCCAGCAACGAGACCUACCGUCAUGAUGAAGGGGUGCCCCGGGUUAUCAACACCCGUCUGAAUGGCUCGGUCGAGUGUGAAGCCCUUGGGUGUUGUAAGGGGAGCCAGCUUUUUGUACAUCUCCUUUGUAAGGUGUUUGGCCAUGUGGUUACUGUGCUUGGAGAGGUCUGGGUAGUUGUCAAGCGCAUC